AUUGGGGACCUGACGAUUUAAAGGAGACGGGGAAUCGCUUAUCUCUGUUCUGUAGAGAUCUUCCCAGACACAACCCAUGCCCGCUGACCAGUAUUUGAUGGACAUAGAUAGCGGCGAAGAAAUAUUUUCAUAACAGACCACGGUUAAUAGAAAGGGGGAGGGGGGGAUUGGGGAAGCGAGCGUCGUCGGGUCAAAAUGUCGAUACAGUAUGAAGAACCACUGGCAGAUAGCUUUGGGGUAGCGGACUCGUUCCCAAAAGAUUUUGGUUAUGGGGAGGAAGAGGCCGAUAUCGAAGACAGUCCAUCACCCUCAGACAGUAAACCAAGAAUAUUGCUGAUGGGGCUGCGAAGGAGUGGCAAGUCUUCGAUCCAGAAGGUGGUGUUUCACAAGAUGUCCCCAAACGAGACGUUAUUCUUGGAGAGCACCAACAAGAUCUACAAGGAUGACAUCUCGAGUAGCUCCUUCGUCAAUUUUCAGAUUUGGGACUUUCCUGGGCAGGUGGACUUCUUUGACCCCACCUUCGACUAUGAGAUGAUCUUCAGAGGCACGGGGGCCCUGAUAUUUGUCAUUGAUGCUCAGGAUGACUACGUGGAGGCUCUGGGGAGGCUUCACCUCACCGUGUCGCGGGCCUACAGGGUCAACCCCGAGAUCAACUUCGAGGUCUUCAUCCACAAGGUGGACGGCCUGUCCGACGAUCACAAGAUCGAGACACAAAGGGACAUCAACCAGAGGGCCAACGAUGACCUGGCAGACGCCAGCCUGGAGAAGCUGCACCUCAGCUUCUAUCUGACGAGUAUCUACGACCAUUCUAUAUUUGAAGCCUUCAGUAAAGUGGUGCAGAAGUUGAUCCCUCAGCUGCCGACUCUGGAGAAUCUUCUGAACAUUUUCAUAUCGAAUUCAGUGAUCGAGAAGGCUUUUUUGUUCGACGUGGUCAGUAAGAUCUACAUUGCCACGGACAGCUCGCCGGUGGACAUGCAGUCAUAUGAGUUGUGCUGUGACAUGAUUGACGUGGUCAUCGAUGUGUCCUGUAUCUAUGGUCUUAAAGAGGAUGGCAGUGGCAGUGCAUAUGACAAGGAGUCCAUGGCUAUCAUCAAGCUGAACAACACCACAGUGCUCUACCUUAAAGAGGUCACCAAGUUCCUGGCUCUCGUCUGCAUCCUCCGAGAGGAGAGCUUUGAGCGCAAAGGCCUCAUCGACUACAACUUCCACUGUUUCCGGAAGGCCAUCCACGAGGUGUUCGAGGUGGGCAUGACGAGCACGCGGACAGUGUCCACCCCGACGGGCACGCCCUGCCUGAUGAAAGGCAUGGCACUCAACGGCACCCCGCGCAGCACUGUGUAGACGAGACGGACCGCGGCCUGGCACAACACGGAGGACGAGCGGACCACACGAGGACGAGAUCGAAAGACGAAAGACGGAGAAGAAGCCGAAGAGGGGCGAAAGAAAGAAACGCAAGAAGGAGGCAAAAGAGAAGAGAAGGGAAGGGAAGGAAUGCGCGCUGCUGUAUUGGGAGAGGGAGAUGGCAUAGGGCCAUGUCCUUAUGCCACCCACAACCCACCCCCCCCUCCACCUUACCACCUUACCACCUUACCCCAUCCCCAACCCCACCCACCCUCCCUCCAGUCCCCCCAACUCCACCCUAAAACCAGCACCUGAGUAUACCCCCCCUGUACAGGGACAGAGACAGAGACUCUACUGCCACAGUAUACGAUAACUAAACGCAUAAAUAAAUCAAGAAAAUCAUUAAAAAGAAAAAAAAAAAAGAAAAAAAAAAGACUGUUGUUAGGGAGAGCAGUGCCAGAGCUCUUGAGUUAGGAUGAGGAAGGGAACACGAGACAAAAAGACAAGGCGAGGGAAGAUUGCCGAAUCUCUCUUUUUUUCUUCUCGUGAACGAGCGGCAUUAACACCCACUGUACGGCAGGACAGGAGAGGGAAAAAGGCCAGCAGGGGCACAAGUGUGAGGAGAUGAGGAGAGAAAAAGAGUUAGAUAAAUCGAUGAAAGCACACAGAUUCCUCCCUGCAAGGACUAUCUUCUCUCUCUCUUUCUCUCUCUCUCUCUCUCUCUCUCUCUCUUUCUCUCUCUCUCUGUCGCCACCUGGUGAACAUAAGAAGCCUCUUGAAUCUGCUGUAUGAUUUUUUUUUUGUGUGUGUUUUCCUUUUGCUGCUUGUCCACGGAUGUGAGGGAAGGAAGUUACGAGACUCGCAUGUGAGUAGGUGACAGGGAUGAGUUCUGCCACUUUGAGUCUAGCCCUGCAGAUAGCAGACCUACACUUCCAAAGCCUUACGUAGAUGGAGCUUGCAAGCUGGCUUGCUUGCUGCAAGCCUGUUAUCCACUUCACUCAGUGCAUCCCAAACCUUUCCUGUGAUGAUUUUUUGUUGUUGAUAUUUUCAGAUUGUCAAGCUUGAAAAGGGAUCAUAUUUUAGUUUGUGUGUGUGUGUGUGUGUGUGUGUGUGUGUGUGUGUGUGUGUGUGUGUGUGUGUGUGUGUGUGUGAGAGAGCGAGCGAAAAACAGACUUGUAUCGUUUGUACCUGCGAAAUCAGGGAGUGACUGGUUGAUUAAUUGAAUAUAGCGACUGAUUUAGCUUGUUGAAUUUAGAGGCAUAUAGGGUAGACUUAAGGCCCAAAGCUGUUGUGACAUCUGAAGCCCUUCCUCAGUAUGCUUCCACAGCAAAACUGCAGAAGCUUAACGUCUAUGGCAGAAACCACUUUGUGAGUCUUUUGAGACUUCUGUGUGUGUGGACAGAGGCGUAGGAGUAGGCUGGAUGGCCAUCCAUGGAUGCUGGCAUGCAUUCCAAAAUGUGUUGGUCUUGCCGUGGAUGCCAGUGCCAUAGCUACGAUCGGAAGCCAAGAUACCCUCUAUGACGAUGCUCCCAAAUUUAGACGGCAUCUUUGGUGCAAAUGACUGCAUCACUGUGACGUAGAUUACUUUCGAGAAUGUAUGGGGAACUUUGAGCAACACAAAUGGCACUGAUCAGCUAUUACACCCCCCCCCCCUCCCCCCUCCCCCCCCAGCGCACAGGAGAAGCCCGAGAUUAUGAAUGUUCUUUGAUGUUAUGCCAUUUUUGCACUUUUGCUUCCUGGAGUCAGAGCAGGGUGUCUGUAGCAGUAAAUUAAGUUGUCUGUAAAGGCUUCAAGACGUGAUUAACUUCCAUGUUUCACUUAUUUCACAUUGAUGUAUUUCACUGAAGUGUCUGACAAAAUAGCUUAGGAGACUGUUUAACCAGACACGUGACCUACAGUACAGUGUGACAAAAAUCCCUUGGCCUAUCUUUUCUCUGCAUGUUUGCAUCAAUUGGAAUCAGGGCAAAAAAUAUUGAACACACACACACACACACACACACACACACACACACACAGUUCUUGAGGAUAUCUUGUUAUCUGUAUGCCAUUGACUGUUUAGAAAGGGAUCAGUACUAACAGUUCUAAGAAAUCCUGGAAAAGAAUUGUGACCAAAAUCACUUGUUAAUGACACAUAGUGGGGUCACCCUUUGCUAGUGAUUAUUGCUUGCUCUCAUUUCUCCUGUGUCUGUCCUAACUUCUGCCCAAGGUGUAAAUGUUCACAUGACAAUAAACAUGUAAACACCUUAAGUUAGUGCCUUUCUCUUUCCAGGCAGAGCUUUUUAAUCGCAAUGAGCCAUCUUAACCCCUCAUAUAGACUACUCGUCACAUUAAGUAUAUAUUUUAUUAAAACAGCAUGGAUUUGAUUCAGCUUUCCUCCCAAGGGGCCAUUUAUGGAUUCAGAGUUUAGUGUCACUCGCCGCACCUGGAUUGCCCUUGAGAGGGCGCAGACUCACCACCCCCCUCCCACAACCCCACGACCCACAUCCACCCCUCCUCAGAGUUUAUCACUGUCGUCACGCAAUGCAACCAAUAAAUUAUCAACAAAAGCAAUCUUAUUGGUUUCUUGUUAUUUGCAUACUGAUUCUACUCUGUCUGAAGAAGUUUAAAUUGAAUGGUCAGUUGAUGAUUUCAGCAUAUUGCAUAU